AUGUCCUACACCUUCCUCUACCUUUGCGUCUUAUGCCACAUUGUCUGGCCACCCUGUGAAGCUGCUCCAGCACGGUCUGCAAGGAACAAGCUGCUGCUCAUCUCCUUUGAUGGCUUCCGUUGGGAUUAUGACCGGGAUCUUGAAACCCCCAACCUGGAUCAGAUGGCCAAGGAUGGCGUGAAAGCGGUCUAUGUCACGCCACCCUUUCUCACCAUCACCAGCCCUGCUCACUUUUCGCUGCUGACAGGAAAUUUUGUGGAGAACCACGGGGUGAUCCACAAUAUUUGGUUCAACACAACCACUCAGGAGAAGAAACAGUACCAUGCUACUCAGUUUGUUGAUUCCUACUGGGACAACGGCAGCUUACCCAUCUGGAUAACAGCACAAAGACAGGGUUUAAAAACGGGGUCGCUGCAUUUCCCUGGCACGGCUGCCACUUACAGAGGAGAAACCGUAAAUGUGAGGCAAGUGGAACCUCCGAUCUAUGAUCACGGAAACGAGACAGAAUGGAGGCUUAACAUCGAUAAAGUGAUUGGAGAAUGGUUCCACAAGCAGGACCUGGAUUUUGUCUCCUUGUACUUCGGGGAACCAGAUCUAGUCGGACACAAAUAUGGACCAGAUUCUCCAGAAUGCCAGAAAAUGGUCCAGCAAGUGGAUCGUACUGUGGGCUACAUUCGGGAUAAGAUCCAUCACCAUGGUUUAACUGACCGACUCAAUAUCAUUAUUACUGCUGAUCAUGGAAUGACGAGAAUCUUACCUGAAGGACAAAUUCAAAGGAUCGUCUUGUCUAAGAUCCCAGGCUUCACCUUCAAUGAUAUCCGCUUCCAACUCUUGGAUUAUGGUCCUUUGGGAAUGCUGCUUCCGAAAGAAGGGAAGCUGGAGAAGGUCUAUCAGGCUCUGAAAAAAGGCCACCCUCACCUUCAUGUGUACAAAAAGGAGGAGAUUCCAGAGAGGCUGCACUACAGUUCCCAUCCACGACUGCUUCCCAUUAUUCUAUUGUCUGAUCCUGGAUAUGUCAUCAGUGGGUUUUUACCACUGCAAUUCAACAAAGGGGAUCACGGCUUUGACAAUGAGGUCAUGGACAUGAAAGCCUUCUUCAGAGCGGUCGGGCCCAAUUUUCAGAAGAACUUGAUUGUCAAUCCAUUUGACUUGGUCAACGUGUACCCGCUGAUGUGCCAUCUCCUUGGGAUAAAACCAGAGCGCAACGAUGGACACUUGGAGAAUGUCAAACACAUGCUAGUACCCACGGAGAACACAGGAAGUGGCCAUGAUGGAGCAGAGGGCAACACUCCAAUGGAGGUGCUGAUAGGAGCGAUAUCCGUGACAGGGUUUCUCAGCCUUGUGUUCAUCGUCAUCGUUACCUACAACAUGUGCAAAAGAAGAGAAUCCUGAGGUGUUCUGGAAGUUAUAUUCAGGAAUACUGUUGUAUCUUAUCUAAAUGUCGCAGCACUCACAUGAAAAAUGUCUUUUCCUGGAUUCAAAGAAAGGGUAUUUAUCUUGACUCCAUCAGAUUUGCUCUUCUCCCCCAGUGCAGUUUGUCCCAAAUUUUGGGGUAUCAAAGUAGUUGAGAUAAGAAAAGACAAAUUGAGGGAGUACUCUUUCUUGUAUUGAAGAUAAACAUACAUAAAUAUAUGUGUCAUUCAUUCAUUCAUUCAUUUUCUACCGCUUUUUCCUCACGAGAGUCGCGGGGGUGCUGGAGCCAAUCCCAGCUGUCUUUUGUGCGAGAGGCGGGGUACACCCUGGACUGGUCGCCAGCCAAUCAGAGGGCACAUAUAGACAAACAACCAUUCAAACUCACAUUCAUACCUAUGGACAAUUUGGAGUCGCCAAUAAACCUAGCAUGUUUUUGGAAUGUGGGAGGAAACCGGAGUACCCGGAGAAAACCCACGCAUGCACGGAGAUGGCCGAGGGUGGA